UGGGCGCGGGACGUGCUGAUGAAUGUGGCCUGCGACUGAACAGGAACAUCAACAAGUGUGGCUGCUGUCAUCUCUUUUAAAAAACGAAAGCAGCCUCUUGGAUUCUACCUGGAAUACUCUCAAUGCAGCUCAUGUGAAACUGGGCUCUACUGAAGCCCUUUGGAAACAGCAGGACAUGAAAAUGAUACUUCACCGAUGGAUCUGAUGGAUUAACUACAGAUAAAACCUUGACAGCUUGACCAGCAGGAGCACACAGCUGAAGAUGUCCAACCGUAUGGGUCAUGAUCGGCCCAGAAAUCCCUUGCUCUCAGCUGUCUCGGCUCUCUUGUGUGCCUUGCACUUUGGAAUAUUGUUCAGAAGUGCACUGGUGACCGCUUGUCCCAAGAGCUGCCACUGUAUGGAGAAGAACAGCCUUGCCGUGCUGCAGUGCAUGUCGCGCAACCUGGAGAACAUCCCGGCUGACCUGCCGCGUGACACUGUAGUCCUGCUGCUGGCCUCAAACAGGAUUACCAAGAUCCCCAAACAGGCCUUUAAGGACCUCAACAGACUACAGGAACUGGAUCUGUCCAACAACGCCAUUGAGAUGGUGGACGCUGGGGCCUUCCAGGGGGUCUCCGACGUCCUUCGGGUCCUGGACCUGUCCAACAACCGCAUAAGCAGCGUGCCCAAAGAGGCAUUCGCCAAACUUCAGGCCAAAAUCAGCCUCUCCAACAAUCCCUGGCACUGCGAGUGCAGCUUGCAGGAGGUCCUGAGGGAGCUGAGACUGGACCCAGAGACGGUCAACGAGGUGAGCUGUCACACGGCUGUGGAGGAGGAGUACACCGGCAAACCCGUUAUCCAGGUCCUGGACUCGGGCAUCAACUUCUGCAACUUCCACCACAAGACCACCGAUGUGGCCAUGUUCGUCACUGUGUUCGGCUGGUUCACCAUGGUGAUAGCCUACGUGAUCUACUACGUGCGGAAGAACCAGGAGGAUGCCAGGAGGCACAUGGAGUACCUCAAGUCCCUGCCCAGCAGCUCGCAGAUCAGCAAAGACUUUGACACGAUCAGCACGGUUCUCUAGCAGGCCCGCUGUGGCACACAUUUGAGAGAGUGUGUGAGUGUGUGAGUGUGUGAGUGAGUGAGUGAGUGAGUGAGUGAGUGAGUGAGUGAGUGAGUGAGUGAGUGAGUGAGUGAGUGGAUGAUAGGGAGAAUGGUGUUCUUGAUUUUUGAGCUGGGAUUUAUUUUAGGUGGCCUUAGGAGACGAUAGAUCUGGACUUCAUCUGGACCUUUAGUAUUUAUAAUUGCUCUCUGUCUUUCUGUAUGGACACAGAUAACUAUCUUAAUUUGACCAGUUUCUCAUAGCAGGAAAAUAAUCUUUCCGCAACAGGAAAUGUGAAUUAUUAUGUGGAUUAUAAUGAGCAUUUUUGUAGGGGUUGAUAAGUUUUUUGUCAUGGCAAACAAAGUCUGACAUUUUAAAGUGGAAAUUCCAAACUUUAGAAGCCUUUUUAAACCUCAAAUACACUAAAAGUUGCAUUUCAAAUCUUGGGUGAGAACCUCCUUCCCUCAGCCAGGGCAUUGAAAAUGUGUCGUGGAUGGGUAUUCCAGCAUGACAAUGACCCGAAACACACGGCCAAGGCAACAAAGGAGUGGCUCAAGAAGAAGCACAUUAAGGUCCUGGAGAGGCCUAGCCAGUCUCCAGACCUUAAUCCCAUAGACAAUCUGUGGAGGGAGCUGAAGGUUCGAGUUGCCAAACAUCAGCCUCAAAACCUUAAUGACGUAGAGAAGAUCUGCAAAGAGGAGUGGGACAAAAUCCCUCCUGAGACGUGUGCAAACCUGGUGGCCAACUACAAGAAACGUCUGACCUCUGUAAUUGCCAUCAAGGGUUUUGCCACCAAGUAGUAAGUCAUGUUUUGCAGAGGGGUCAAAUACUUAUUUCCCUCAUUAAAAUGCAAAUCAAUUUAUAACAUUUUUCAUGUGUUUUUCUGGAUUUUUUUGUUGUUAUUCUGUCUCUCACUGUUCAAAUAAACCUACCAUUAAAAUUAUAGACUGAUCAUUUCUUUGUCAGUGGGCAAAUGUACAAAAUCAGCAAGGGAUCAAAUACUUAUUUCCCUCACUGUACAUUGACAAAUCUGGCAUUUUAUCAUCUAGACUAUCAUUUCAUUUAUAUUCAGGUGAAGGCUAAUUCUUUUAGAACACUAUUUUCACUUGACAUCUCUUGCGAUUCUACACCUUAACACUGUGUAUUGGGCUGUACUAGAUCAUGUUCCCCCCUUUCCUUCUGCCAUGUACAAUUCCCGUUAAUGCUGUCUUUUAAUUUAGUUAGUUGCUACUCAGGGGGAACGUUGGUUGCAAUGAAGUAAUUAUGGUGUCAUUGUCAGGUUGUAUAGUGGUUAUUUAAGGAAGUUUCAUUAAUGUAUUUUUAGCAAUCAAUAUAAAUACAUCUUUAUCUGGUUAUUUGACCAGAUAACAACCAAAAUAUGACAUCUGAUAAUAUGACGUCUUCUCAAUCAGAGAGUCAGUUUUACAACCAGAAAUUUGUUCUUAAGACGUUGUGUCAAUUUUUGCCUGCUGGGUAGGACGUUUUUAUCUGUGUAGACUUUCUCCUAAUUUUAUUUGGUGUUUUAGUGGUCAACAGUGAGUCAACAUCUUGUAUGGUUUAUACAAUCUGUGCUUGUAUGGGAUAUCCCACAUGCUAAAAUAGGUAAAAAUGUUGCUUCAAUGUUGUCAUAAUGUUCAAUGAAUGGGCCAAGUGUCCGUUUUUCUAAAGUGUUAUUGUCAUUAGGUCAUUUAUAUUUGCACAUUGUUAUAGAAUUGAAAGGUCUCCAGUCAUUUAUUGUUUCUGUGUCAAUGCAGAAUUGUUACUUAAAUUUAUAAUCUGUGGGAUUCAAAAUGGACACCAUAGCAGCAUUGGAAAAUAAAGGUUGU